GGUUCUUGGAACGUCAGAACACCAGCGCGUCGUCCCCGUAAGGUGACUGUGCAGUGCCGUGGGCAGUGUUGCAUUGCAAACAACGAUGAAGAAAGGAUCCAAGAUACGUGAUCAGGAAGCAAUUGAUAAGCAGAAUGCCGCCCCCACCAACUCUAAACCAGCGCUGAACCUCGAAGAAGUGGCAAGGCUUCAACUCGGUGAAACACCUGAAACCAAAGCAGACGCCUUGUUACGGCUAAGCCAAGCGUUAGCAGGGGAGCCGUGCUUGAAGAUUCCUUCGAGCGAUGACUUUCUGGUAAUGUUUCUGCGAGCCCGAAAAUACAGAAUACAAGAGGCCUCCCAAAUGGUGAAAAACUACUUCCGCACGCGGCGAGAUAUACCGGAAUUCUUCCAUGAACUUGUCCCUGAGAAAAUUCCAUUCAGAACAAUUUGCCACGACCACAAACUCCUCGUGAUAUCGCCGGAACCAGGCGAGAAUGGCAGGUGCAUGGGUGCCUUCAAAAUAGGUGCCUGGAACCCUGACAUCUGCAGCCUUUCAGACUAUACCAGAGCGGACUUCUGUUGACCGGCUGCUGGCUCCUUGAAGAUUUUCCAUCAAUAUGUGGGGUCGAGUGCGUCAUGGACAUGAAGGGAUUAAACACCCGUCAUCUGACGCAGCUAACACCACCCUACCUGAUGAAACUGGCUAGCAUUAUGCAGGACUGUUUGCCCGUACGGAUAAAGGCUGUCUACAUAGUAAACCACCCAACAAUCUUUAAACUCAUCUUUGAAGCGAUCAAACCAUUCCUGCGCAGCAAGCUGUUAACUAGAGUUCACUUCAUUGGCGGCGAAGCUUCUGAGUUUUGGGACCGCUUUCCUCGCGACCUCGUACCAUUGGAACUUGGCGGGAGGCGUGAGCACUUCGAUUAUGAUCGUCAAGAGAAGUUGGUGCACAGCAGAAGCGGCUUCUUCGAAAGCGUGUGUGCCUGUGGAUACAAAAAGAAUAAGACCUGAUAAGAGGUUUAUAAUUUGGUGCUAGACAUUCAACGGGGCUGCAGUCAUUCCUCUACAUAUCAGUCAACUAACCCGAAAGGUAGUGUCUGCUCACAGAAAACUGCUACAGUGUGCUUUCGUAUGUUGCACCAGCUAGGAAGAUCUUAGAAUUACAACCCCGGACUGUCACUUUGAGGACUCUAUGGCUCAUUCACACAUGGCUUCUCAAGACUAUUGUGUUUUGCAAAAUUGCACUUUCUGAAAGUCUUAUCAUCAGUAGACAGCCACCACGGCUCCCUCCGAUCUCUUCUUUCUCGCAAAUUUCUUUCUUUUUUCUUUCUUUCUUUCUUGUUGUGCUAUGCCAUGCCUAAUAAGUGAGACGUGUAUCAAUGACUCAUGAACAGAGCCGUGGUCAUUCGUCAAUAUAAAUUGCAAAUGGGUAGUAUGCAUUGACCGUAAUUUUCCAGCAAUCUUUACACAAGGUCAAAUGGCAAUCUUGCAUUUGACUGCAUACGAGCUCUUCAAAGCAAUUGAUUAAAUUACACGUUUCUUGUUUUUUUUUUCGACGUUAUCACUUAUUUUUUGUCAGGUCAGCUUUCACACCCUUUGUUUCCUUUUUUCGAGCCUAAAACUUCUAAUGUGAAAAUUUCAUUAUAGAGGUAAACACACUGAAUUUAAUUACGGACCAAUUUAUCGCGAUAUUUGGAGAAAACUUGAAGACUUGCAAACGCUCUACUCCUACACCUUGCUUCACCUUUUACUAGGUAAGAAAUAGCACUUUCUGACGCUAAGAAAUUGCUCUGCGGUGCUGCUGUCAAAGAUCAAUGAUGUAUCUUCGUGGGCUCGUGUUCCUACCAACUAUCGCGUGUUCUGUCUUGCAGACCCCUCUCAUUACGUCAAACCAAAGAUUACGGUGCAUUCGUCAGGUAUUAACGCGAUAGCGUUAAGGAGCUCGUGUCGCAGAAAAGCCGGUGUCGUCGGCGUCGGGUGUCGGCGUCCGCGGCAUUGACCGUGAGCGAUAAAUAACGGCAGGCACUUCAUAAAUAAAAAGCAACUUGCAAGAUGGGCUGGGUGGGAAUCGAACCAGGGUCUUCGGAGUGUGAGACGGAGACGCUACCACUCAGCCACGAGUUUGAUGCUUCCAAGCGGUACAAACGCGCCUCUAGUGAAUGCGGUGUUGCCUACGAAACGAGCCGUGGAAAGUUAUA